GUUCACAACUAUGCACAUAGUGGUAGGCCUUUGAACGGUGCACGCCGCGUGCGCCUACCUUUUCCCCCCUUGGGAUCUUCUCUCGACCCUUCAGCCUCUUCGUUCUUUUGCUAUAUCGCCCGUUUUACAUCACGCGUCAUCAGUGCUCUCGCCUCCCUACGUCCCGUACGGUGCUCUUCGUAUUCGGCGCGCGAGGAAUGCGGUGGUAAACAAACGCGGACGUCGACUCCCAAGAUCGUCAACAAACAUAGCUCAAGAGACGACAAUAAAAGGGAAGAGUCUUCGAUGAAGAGAAUAACAGAUAACAAUGACCGAAUGACCUACCGCGUAUUACUUAAUAUCGAUCGUGUGUUGUGAUAUGUUAGUACGAGAUAAAUGCUUGACACGUCGACUGUCUAAGAGUAAUGCUGAGCGGUCCUGAGAAUCGAAUUCCGUAUUAAUAAAAUGAGAGUGCUGCGUGUAAUUUGCCUGGCGGCGAUUUUCACCUCGAUUUUAGCGAUUCCACAAAAGAAUAAGAAUCAUCAAAUAGAAAACUCUAAGACAAUACAAGACGUCGAACGUGAGGCAAGCAAGACGAAAAUUCCAAGACGAUUACUCGAUUCACCUGACGAAAAAGAUGAGAAGUUUUAUUUCUUACAGACUAGACAUCGCCGAAACGAUCGUAUAAAAUCAAACGCGGAAUCAAGUACUUUAACAAAGGAAGAAAAUGAUGAGCAAAGUACGCUCGUUUCUAUGUCAGACUCUCCUAAAAAAAUCGAUUCUUCCGACACAAAUUUCAUGGAUAUAGAUAUAAUCAUGCGAAGUCGAACAAGUAGGAGCGAGAACACGGACAUUUAUGCUGCAGAAUUUUCGGAGAUUGAGCAAGACGAUAGUUUCAACAGUCUUCUGACAAGAUUAUUCGAGGCGCUACAAAACGAUUCCGUGAAGGAUGAUCGUGACAUAUUGAAUGGAUCGAAUUCUAUUAAUAACUCUAGCGAUGACGAAGAUCGUUGCCAGAAAUGGCUGGACAAUAGAGAGAGAAUUGAACAAGCUUUCCCGGGAUCUAUCGACGAACUACCGGCGUGUCCAUGCCAAUAUCCCAACGAUAUCUUUUACAACGAUAUGAUCUGGGAUAAGAAUCGGCGAAAGAAAUUCCGAUGGCGCGAUGCGACUAACGCUCCCCAACGGUCCGUCUACAAGAAUGGCGCCUCUUAUUGCGUGCGAUCUUUAGCAUCUCCGGGAACCAAGACCAUGGGCGGACAACACUGUUGUUACGACGAGAACAGAAAACUGUUGACACGCGGCUCCGGCGCUGGCACACCAUACAUUGUCAAUCCAGAUGUGUCGUUUGUGUUGCAUGACAAGGUCGAUCUGCUACCUUGGCGGCUAUGUAAGGGCGAUUUUACUAGAUACAAUAAAGUGAGAGUACCAAAUAACGAAAAUAAUUGCGAAGUAAAUCCAGAUGACGAGGAGUAUGAAUAUGAAGUGGAAAAUGCGAAAAAUUAUUGAGAUAUAAUAUUGUCGCAAUCAUACCAAAAAAAAAGACCAAUAAUCACAAGCAAUAUCAAAGACCUGUCUUUCACUUUAUAUAAUUGUUCCUUGUAAACAGAGCAAUAUAAUAAAUUUUAAUU